AUGACCAACAUGCUUGCUCUCCCUCGUCUUCACACCCCCACCCCCUCCACCCGGGGCAGCUCAGCGGCCUCGUCCAUCCGUUCCGUCAGUUCCACCACCACACCUCUCAAGGACUCCAUCAAGGCCACCAAGAAGUUCUUCAAGGCUUUCGACCCCAAGCACAUCAACAAGUCCGAUGAAAGCCUUGGCAAGCAGGCAAACCACGACGAGGCCGUCGCUACCUACUUCACCAUGCGCCGUCACUAG